CACGUCGCGAGAAAGAGCAAAGGUAAACAGCGAUGCUGCUCAUUGCCGCCUUCUUGAUUAUAAGAAGUCUUAGCUGUGCGGACAGUCACUCGGUGGCGACAGGGGCCCCGAGGACGUCCGAACUCAAUAUUGAACGACUAUCUAGCAUCGUCAACGAACUUCUAAAUUCAACUACAGAUGAUCUCGAUCCAUCACUUAUUUUGCAAAAUUUUGUCAAGCAUCCACUUCUCAUCAGCAAUUUCACUGUUCCUGUUGCAAGCGUUCAAAUACAAUGCUUUGGAGUACUUGUUCACGGGCUUAAUACAGUACAGAUUCAUGAGGCAAUGGCGAAUAUCUCUGGUCAAUUUUUAACCUUUUCCCUCUUAGUCCCAUUUGUGCAGCUAACUGGACAGCAGCGCACAUCUGGGUACGUGUCAUUUGUUCCUGUUGACACUGGCGGAAAUCUCCAAUUAAAUGUGACGGAUGUUGCCAUCACAGGUAACGCUUCUCUGAAGAAUUCGCCACAAAGUUUACACGUGGGAGCUAUACAUGCACAGUUGGAGGUUGGCGAUGUAUCUCUUGGCAUGGACGGGUUAUCUGAGCUGACAGCAAGUCUGUUCAAUUUUGUUGGUAAAGAAAUCUUUGACUAUACAAAGCAUUCGAUGCUCGAUGAUUUUCAGCAGGCUAUGACCAGAUAUGCAAAUGAAGAGAUCCUCGGUAAAAUUCCUGUAAAUCUAUCAAGAUUCGAACAUGACAAGCAACUCAUCGACUCGAUUGUGGCACAAACCUGCUAUAUGCUUGUGGCUAGAAGCCAUGAUCCUCAAAAGUUAAAACCAUACCAGGCAUCUGUGGACCGUAUGUUUAUACAAGGGGAAGUGCUCGUCACCAACGCCACCUUAUCAGGCCUGGCAACUCUCCGUCGCACAGGAGAUGUCCUUGUACUCUAUUCAAACCGUACGCUGAUCUUAGAGGCGAAUUUUGGUUUCGCUAACCUCAGCACUACAUUUGCAUGGACAACAAAAUUACUUGGUAUCGGACCAAAGGGAUUCGCCGAACUUACAGUUAGUGAUACCAAUAUGAAUAUGAGGCUCCUUUUACCCUUGCGUCGUGAUGCUAAGCUGCAGGUAGAUCAUGUUGAAUUUUCACGCAUCGGUCACGUGGUCGCCGAUAUCCAGAUUUGACCCACGGUAAAUGGAACGGCACGGAUCCUUUACGAGAAGCUUAGAUAAAUGCCUUAUGCCAUCAAAGCAGAAGCUCUCUUAGGACGAUAAAGCGAAGAGGCUUUGUGGGUGUCAUUUGCUCUCGAGUUUCCGUAAGUACGAAACAGUAGACCGUCUUUGAUACAGCAGUGAAAAGAAACUUGAAUGCGGAAAUCAAUACGCAGAAACUUCCACUGGUUUGCUCAUGACCCAGGAGGUGUCUAUACCAUGGGUAACUGUAUGUUUGCGAAGAGCUUUUUUUAUUAGUUUAUUUGCGCACGUGAAACUUACUUUUUUUAAUAGUAAUUCUAAUGUGCACUUUUUUGCUUUAUUCGCUUGUUUCAUUUAGAUGCAGCUUAUAGGCCAGCGACAUCAAGUGUGUCUGGAUUCAUUUUGUACAUAUAUAUCAACUUUUUCAAAUAUUUGCUUCAUAACUAGGUCGCCUAUGCAGGCGAAAUUAUAUUUACAAAAAUUAGCAGAGGAUACUCUUUUAUAACGAUCUUGAAAACGCUAGAUUUUUUUUUACAACAACUGUCGUUUAGAGGUUCAGAGUUUACAACUAAUUGUACAUUACUUUUUAGGCAUGCUGCGGCCUCCACCUGACUGGGCCAGCAAAGAAAUCCGACUGCCACAUGCGGGCAUACGGAAACCUCACAUCAUUUAUGCACAACCUAGAAGGAAGUAAAGUAACCGUCUGCCGCGGAAGCUAUUGUCGGACGUUUUUUUUUAAACUAAACUACUCAUCGUUCUCGUUACAGAAAGAUGUUGAAAGACUUCUUACGCCCGAAACUGGAUGGGUCUUAUUUACAAUACGUGGUUUUGACAAAACUGUGCCGAAAUUCACGGAAAGCAUUCACUAAUACCGCACUGCUCAUGCGACGCCACAUUACAACAGUUCUUCAUAUCGAUUUUUUCAAAUAGUAAAAUGGAGCUAGAUUUUUUAGAAUUGGUGAACUUCAUCCAAGUGACGUAAGGUUUUGAUACAGAGGCAAACAUUAUUGUUUC